UCCGCUCUAGAACGGUUCUUCUGGAGGAGUAAUAAUUAUAAAAAAAAAUCCUGCAUAAAAUGUGGAUUGCCUUGCUAGGGACUCCCUUUCUACUGGCGGCCCUUUGGUUCCUGCUAAAGAAAAUUAAUGAAAAAUACUUUAUACUUUCAUUAACCUAUCGAGUGCGAACGCAGGAUGGCAGUCCCUUGGAAAGCAAAGUGGUGGUAAUGCCAGGGAAAACAAGAUUUGGUAACAAUUUGGAUAUUCUUAACUUUACGCCGGCCAGUGUCUUUAACUUUGUACGCGAGUCCACGGCCAAGGCCAAGGGUGAGAACUAUCUUUGGUACUUCCUCUUUGCACCCAUGUACAAUGUGGUUCGCGCCGAGGAGGCUGAGGAGAUUUUUCAGAGCACAAAGCUGAUAACAAAGAAUGUGGUUUACGAACUGAUAAGACCGUUUUUGGGAGACGGCCUGCUGAUUAGCACGGACCAAAAGUGGCACUCUAGGAGAAAGGCUUUGACCCCAGCUUUCCAUUUUAAUGUUUUACAGUCUUUUUUGGCUAUUUUUAAGGAAGAGUGCAACAAGUUAAUCAAAGUUUUAGACAAAAGCGUGGAUGGCGAGCUGGAUCUUAAUCAAGUCAUUCCUCAGUUUACCUUGAACAAUAUAUGCGAAACCGCUCUGGGCGUCAAGCUAGAUGACAUGUCGGAGGGCAAUGAGUACAGAAAAGCCAUUCAUGCAAUUGAAGAGGUUUUGAUACAGCGAGUGUGCAACCCCCUUAUGUAUUACAAUUGGUACUUUUUCCUGUACGGCGAUUAUCGGAAGCAUUCGCAAAUGCUUCGGAUAGUUCACGAUUUCUCCAGUAAGAUUAUCCAAAAGAAACGAGAGCUGUUUAAGCAAAAGCAACGCGGUGAAGUGGAUGAGUUUGGCAAGAAGCAGCGCUACGCCAUGUUGGACACCUUGUUGGCUGCUGAAGCAGAGGGUCAGAUUGAUCAUCAGGGUAUCUGUGAUGAGGUCAACACCUUCAUGUUCGAGGGUUACGACACCACCUCCACUUGUCUCAUCUUUACUUUGCUCCUGUUAGCCCUGCACGAGGAUGUUCAACAGCGCUGCUACGAGGAGCUGGAGAAUCUCCCCGAGGAUAGCGAUGAGAUCUCGGUGUUCCAGUUCAACGAACUCGUCUAUUUGGAGUGUGUGAUCAAGGAAUCCCUGAGGAUGUACCCCUCGGUACCCUUUAUUGGACGCCAGUGCGUGGAGGAGUGUGUGGUGAAUGGCAUGGUGAUGCCCAAGGAUGCCCAGAUUAGCAUUCACAUCUACGAUGUCAUGAGGGAUCCUCGCCACUUCCCGAAACCAAAUGAGUUCAAGCCUGAGCGUUUUCUGCCGGAAAACACAGUGAAUCGCCAUCCCUUUGCCUUUGUGCCUUUUAGUGCAGGUCAAAGGAAUUGCAUUGGUCAGAAGUUUGCCAUCCUAGAGAUGAAGGUCCUACUGGCAGCCGUUAUUAGGAAUUUCAAGUUGCUGCCAUCUACCCAAAUUGAAGAUUUGACUUUUGAGAAUGGCAUUGUACUAAGAACCCAGGAAAAUAUUAAGGUAAAAUUGGUAAAGAGGUCUAAGGAGUGAAACUCGUAAUAGGUUGAAAUGAAAUGUUUGCCAAAGAAAAGAAAUACAUAAACCAAGAAAAUCAAAUUAUAAAAUGUUAAAGCAUGGUUAAAGCUUUAAUUUGUAAGCACUGAUCUUUAAUAUUAUAAAAAUAAACGAAUUGUAUAAUGACUGAAACAUA